AUGGAUAAUACAUCAAUACCAACAACACCUGGUGGUUCGGUUGGAGAUGAAUGGCAUGAUGCUUCAGCAGAUAAUAGUCCAGCAACGAAUGAAUCUUCAUCUAAAACAGGAUCAUCAAUAGUGUCAGAAACGAAAACAAAUAUGGAAACAAAAGAAAAACGUUCUAUGCAUUUUAGCAAAAACAUUGAUAUUAAUGUUGAUUUAAAUAUAGGUCCAGCACCUUUAUCAGAUGAAGAAAAAGCUAUUAAAGAACGUGAAGAGUGUGACUAUUCAAUUAAAAUUACUUUAGAUAUGGCAAAAAAUGGUACGGCACCAAGAAAAAUUCGUAUUUAUGCUGAUGGUAUUUAUGACUUAUUUCAUGCUGGUCAUGCACGACAAUUAAUGCAAGCAAAAAAUAUUUUUAAAAAUGUUUAUCUUCUUGUUGGUGUUUGUAAUGAUGAUUUAACACAUAGUAAAAAAGGUAAAACAGUUAUGGAUGAAGCUGAACGUUAUGAAAGUGUACGUCAUUGUCGUUAUGUUGAUGAAGUUGUUAUUGAUGCACCGUGGGUACUUGAUGAUGAAUUCUUAACACAGAAUAAAAUUGAUUUUGUUGCACACGAUGAAAUUCCAUAUGGAGCUGAAGGAAGUGACGACAUUUAUCAACAUAUUAAGGCUCGUGGAAUGUUUGUUGCAACUCAACGUACAGAUGGUGUAUCAACAUCUGAUAUUAUUUGUCGUCUUGUACGUGAUUAUGAUAUGUAUGUAAGACGAAACUUAGCUCGUGGUUAUUCGGCACAAGAUUUAAAUGUUGGUUUUAUUAAAAAAAAUCAAUUAGAAUUUCAAUCGAAAAUUGAUACAGUUAAAUCAAAAUUUCGUACAUAUGAAGAAGAAUCAAAAACAUUUAUGGAACGUUGGGAAGAUCGAAGUAAAGAAUAUAUACAUAAUUUUAUUGCUUUAUUUGAAAAAACAGGUGUUCUACAUUUAUUGCAACGAUCACAAUCACCAUUUACGAUAACAGGUGGUCAUAGUGGUAGAAGUGAUACAGACGAUGACGAUAUAACAUCAUCAAAAAAUAUUCAUUAUGAUAAGAAAUCAAAGAAACAUGAUAAAAGAACUAAUGCAAACAAUUAA